CAUAAUCAGAUCAGGGGUACAAGAUUUUUUUUUUUUUUUUUUGAGUCGUGUACAUUAGCCUUGGCGGAGGUACAACAGAUCAUCGUCAUCAACAUCAUCAUAAUAAACAGCAACAUAAUUCAAGAAUGCAUUGAAGGAAGAGAUUAUUGAGAUGUGAUGAGUACAUGAUGCUGUGGUAUUAAGGUAGAUUACCUCAUACCUAAAUCUUUGCAAUAAGGCAGUAAGUUCUGUAUUACGUUGCUGCAUUUUGGUAGUAGAAUUAUUUACUGCAAAAUUUAAAAUGACUGAAAAUGUACGAAAUGAAGUACGCAAACGAAGACCAAUUAGUCUCCAAGAAAAACUAGAAUUUUUAAAAAUGAUCGAUAGUGGGCGGCCUUUAUUAGCAGUAGCUCGUGAAUUUGGAAUUCCGCCUUCUACUGCGAGAACUAUUGUGAAAGAAAGGCUGAAAGUAAAGCUUUUAUCAGAGCAUUACAAUGUCCCUCCUGGCCGGAAAAGGAUGCGACUUGGAUUAUUCAGGGAUGUGGAGGAAGCUCUUCAUAUGUGGUUUCGUCAGAUGAGAACCAAAAACUGUAAGGUUAAUGGACCAAUGCUAAAACAAAAAGCGCGGGAAUUCGCUCAAUAUUUAGGGCAUACAAAUUUUGAAGGAAGUAGUGGUUGGUUGUCUCGAUUUAGAGAAAGAUAUGGUUUGUCAGUAAAGGCCAUGGAAGGAGACGGAAAUAUUAAUGUUGUUACAGGCAUUGGUAUGACGGACGAGGAAAUUGUGGCUACUGUUUGUGCUCAUAAUAUGCAUUCCGAAGCACUGUUGAAUAAAUGUUCUACGAACUCUGAAGAAAUUGUAACAGAUAUCUGUCCUAACAGUAUAGUUUCAGCAAAUUAUUGUGAGGAAGCAGACAGAAAGACAGACGAAUUGAGUUCAGAAACUUCUAAAUUUGAUUCACCUUUAGAAACAUCUAAAUUUGAUUCAUCUACAGAAACACCUAAGUUUGAUUCAUCUUUAGAAACAUCUAAAUUUGAUUCUUCAACUAGUUUUCAGGAAUUUAAUUUAUCCAUUGGGUUGCGAGAAGCAAUAAAUUUAACUGAAAAAUUGUCUUGUUUUUUAAAGCAGCAGGAUUCUGUUCCAGACCAUGUAUGGAAAUCAUUGAGUACAGUUGAAGAUUUCAUUCUGCUUGACUUAACUGAGAGACAUAAACAGAGAAAAAUUACUGAUUAUUUCAAAUCACAAAGCAUUAAAUUGUAGAGAGGUACUUGUAAAAAAUGUUAUGCCGUCCUAUUAGUAAAAGAAAUGUUUGAAUAGUAUGCAUUAUCUACAAAAAUAAUGGAUAAAAUGGUAGAUUUAUAUAUUGAAUCGAAAUAGAUGUUUAGCUCUCA